AUGCGCAUUGCUCUGGCCAUCUUACUGGCCGCUGCUGGCACGGCCGUGCAGGCUGUCGAGCCUCUCGUCAACCUUGACAAUGCCAGGUACAAUGGCGUCGAUCAGGGCGACGGCGUGACCAAGUGGUUGGGUAUCCGUUACGGCGCUGCCCCUGUGGGAGAUCUGCGCUUCCGCGCGCCUCAAGAUCCUGAGCCCAGCACAGAUGUGGUUGAGGCCAACAAGUUCGGCCCCAUCUGCCCUCCGCAGCAGCCUGGAGACUUCACCGUGAGCCCGGAUGCGCCGGAUCGCUUCACAGUGGAUGAGGACUGCCUCUUCCUCUCCGUAUUCGCACCCACCAAUGCCACCACCGAAACGAAGCUGCCAGUGCUCUUUUGGAUCCAGGGCGGCGGGUUCACUUCCAACUCCAACGCCAACUACGAUGCCACGGAUCUGGUCAAGGACGGCAACAUUAUCGUCGUUCAGAUCAACUACCGUGUCGGCAUGUAUGGAUUCCUGCAGAGCAAGGAGGUCGAGGCCGAUGGAAGCCUCAACAACGGAAUCAAGGACAUGAUCAAGGCCCUCGAAUGGGUCCAGACCAACAUCGAGAAGUUCGGCGGAAACAAGGACCGGGUCGUCAUCGACGGCCUCAGCGCCGGAGGCAGCGCCGUCGCCCUCCUCCUCGCAGCCAACAACGGCACCCUCAACCUCUUCGCCGGCGGAAUCAUCGAGUCGGGCGGGUGGACGACAAUGCGAUCCAUGCAGCAAGGUCAAGAGCAAUACGACUGCCUCGCCGCGGAGAAGAACUGCUCCGCCUCCGCCUCCGCCUCCACCCUCGCCUGCCUGCGCUCCCUCGACGCCUCGGCCCUCCGCUCCUCCCAGUGCUGGUUCGGGCCGCACAUCGACCACGACCUCUUCACCGGGCCCCUCCUCUCCAUGUACGCGUCCGGCCGCGUCGCCGCCGUCCCCACCAUCAUGGGCGCCUGCGCCAACGAAGGCACAAAGUACUCCGCCCCCGAAACGACCGCCACCACCGCCGACGCGCACGCCUACUUCCUCAACCAAGACCCGUCCCUCACCAACGCCUCGCUCGCCCUCCUCGACGCCCUCUACAUCGACCAGCCCGCCCCCGUCUUCCCCGGCAAGGGCGCCAAGUUCCGGCAGACGGCCAACGCCAUCGCCGACGCCGGCACGCACUGCAUCAUCAAGGCGCUGCAGAACGCAUUGGCGGCCAAGAACGCGUCGACGUACGCGUACCGCUACGCCGUGCGCGACCCGGCCGACGAGCGCGCCGGGUACGGCGUCUGGCACGGCGUCAACGCGUACGCGGUGUGGGGGCCCGACCGCACCGACGGGGCGCCGCCCGCCAGCUACGUCGGCGGGGCGGAGGCGCCGAAUGCGCGGGCGGUGGGUGUGACGCGCGCGUAUUGGACGAGCUUCGUGAGGAGCUUGGAUCCGAAUGCGGGGAGGGCGGCGGUACUGGGGGCGCCCGAGUGGCGGCCGUGGACGGGGGGUGGGGAUGGGGAGAGGGAGAGGCUGGUGAUUCGGACGAAUGGGACGGGGAUGGAGAGGAUGACGAGCGCGCAGAGCUUAAGGUGCGAUGCUAUAUAUGGGUUUAGCGAGGCGCUGGGGGAGCCGCGGUCGGGUGGGGAGAAGACGGAGUUGGAUGGGGUGGUUGCGGCAGAGGCGUUGGCGGCGAGGGAUUGUGGGUUUGAUGAUGGGUGUGCGGGGCAGGGGAUGGUGCGGAGGAUGUUUAGCGCGUGA